AUUUUAAUUUUAUAACCAUUUAUAAGUCCCUACCUAAUAUUUGUUUGUUAACUAAUUGAAAAUAAGUACAUAUUGUAAAUAUAAAUGUUAACAUAAUUCUUAAUUUAUUGUAAUUCAUAAUUUUGUAGUGAAUCAAAUGCAAAAUCAUCAAAAUAUGGUUGAACAAAUUGCUACCAUACUUGCAUAUGUCAAACGUAUUGAUAAGAAGUUGGAUACAAUAAUGAAAGACAGUAUAUCUUUAAAUAGAAAUAAUGAAAAUAACUUAGUUAGUUUGUUCCCAAUCGCAACUGUUAAAGCUCUUCAAAAUAUUGAAACAAAACUAUUAGACGCUACAUUUGAAAAACAAAUGAUCAAUUUUGUAACCCAAAUUGGUGGUCUUAAUGUUCACAAUUUUACCAAAAGAGUAUUCACAAGAGUUUUUACUAAUGAAUUAGCCACUCAAUAUUCAUGGACAGGUUUUAGGAAUAAUAACCCGCUGAAGCAAUUAAAACUAACAACAAUUAUAGAAGAUGUUUGCUUAAAGACAUUUAAAGCGAGUGAAUUGGAAUUUGAGAGCAGUGUAAAAGACUGGUUUAAAAAUGGAAGUCUACGGCAAUCACGAGAAAAAAAAUGA